CAGGACUAACGAAGUGGAAAGAGCUAAAACGAGAUAAGUUUUGUGAAGACUUAAUGCCUUUUUUUCUAUGUAGGCUAGUCUACACAGAAGGCAUGACAAACUUUACCAGAAUUCAAGGACGUUAAUUUCUUUCAUAUCCAGCAAACUCAUUGUCAAUUUCAGCGCGUCAACAAUCUCUUUUUGUAUGUAAAAGCUAACCAAAAUCUAAGGAACUUGUUUGUUUUAUUAUUGUACCGACCAUUUAGGUAAUUGCGUAGCCUAUUCGAUGCCAGUAAUUGCGUAGCCUAUUCGAUGACUAUUUGCUGCUGUGUCGAAGGAAUUAACACUACUUUCAGGGAUAAAACGGUAGUGUUAUCGAUGAAUGACGCUGGUCAGACAAAGCGUCUACGACGAUGUGCCUCCGUCACCUCACCUGUGCCAUCACUUCAAUCCAUACCACUACCCGGUAUAAUGGACCCAGAUGGCCGUGUUGACGAAUCUAGGCUGCGAAAGUACAUUUUUAAAAACGGUGGUGUGUUGCCCCACGAGCGGGCACCAGUAUGGCAGUUUUUAUUCGGCAUGUACCCCAGCAACUCGACAGCUCGGGAGCGUCCUCUGAUUCAGGAGCAAAUGGUUGCUCGCUAUCAGGUCAUGAAAAAAAAAUGGCAACAUGUUUUACCAGGUGCUGUGUGCCUGCAGCUCAAUGGAACAGAUGCUGAGUUGAUAGCUGCAGUGAAGUUUUUUCACCAGCGCCAGAUACACAUCCAAAAUGAGGCUUCUCAGCUGUCCCAACAAGUGCGUGAGAGGAUGUCAUUUUUAGAGCUUCAAGCUCAGGUAUUGUUGCAACGUGUUACCUUUAAUGUGGCAGAACUACAGGAGGCCAUCCGAAUCAUUGAUAAGGACGUUCCUAGAACUGACAGAGACCUUACCUAUUAUCUGGAUGAAGGCCUUGGAAAUCUCCUUGUGUUGCGAGAUAUUCUCAUCACAUAUGCUGCUUUUCAUCCAGAGGUGAGCUAUGCCCAGGGUAUGAACGACUUGUGUAGCCGGUUCCUGGUGGUGUUGGACUCUGAAGUGGAAACCUUCUGGAGCUUCUCGUGCUACAUGGAGAAUUUUUCGAGAGACUUUCAUGCUGACGGUCUACACCGUAAGAUUGAACUGGAAGCAGCCUUGUUAAAAGAAUUGGAUCCUCUACUCCAUGCUCAUCUUGUCACAGACAACAUGGACAGAUUCACCUUUUGUCAUAGAUGGUUGUUGCUUGGCUUUCAGCGGGAAUUUGAGCAUAGUGAGGCACUCCGUCUUUUUGAGAUCCUGCGAUGUGAUCACCUCGAGCUCAUUUCCCAACAGGUGGAACGGGCCCGUUAUCAAGAACGGCUUGUCCAAACUCAGACCACAGUAGAAGACAACCCAGGUGUGGAGCCACAAGUCAUCAACACAGAAUAUACAUUUGAACUCUUCAUCUGUGCUACCGUCAUACUGGAUAACAGGGACAUAUUACUGAACUGCAGAAGUGACGUGCAGCUCAUCCAGUUUACCAGCAGUUUACAGGGGACUCUUGACCUAAACAGCACACUCAAGAAGGCUGAAGAGCAUUUCUUCAACUACUGCAAACGUUCAGCCUGGGACUAUCUCAACACCCGCUAUCAUAGUCACAGAAGUAAAGAUUUCCUUAACCAGCUUCGGAGCCUCUUCUCAUGACUUUAAAGGGAAAAUGGAAAGUCUUGGGGAUUUGACUGUUGCAAAUGGACUGUCUACCAUCUCAUCACUAUCACGCCGUCGUUCUCAACUGCCUCUUCAGCCACUCUUUGUUCUGGUCCCACCCAUACCUCUCCUAGCUGAUAUGGUUUGUCACCAUCAGAGCCUCUUGUUCUCAUCCGGCCUUAGUCAACCAUGUGAUGGCAAGACUCUGUGCUGGGAGACCUUGGACCUCAUCUUCAUGUUCCGCUGAUUAGAUCAUCCACCACUAGCGUCUGACUUUUCCAUGCAAGGCUGAUGACACAUGCAAGGCUGAUGAAAUAUUGUCCCACUCAUCCCUUCAGCAGUCUCUUGCCACUUGCUUACAUGAAAUGAAACUCUGGAUGCCAUCUCAUUUUCUCAAACUCGGCUCCAGUAAUAAGACUGGGCUCAUGGUUCUGGCCUCCCAGGCAUUCAGAAAGGUUUGAGAUCUGCUGCUGGUUGUCGAUGGCUGCUCUGCUGUACAGUACAUGUCCAUCUUUUGAAGUCUGUGUGUUAUCUAAUAUCCAGGACUCCACCCUUUCCCUCCAGUCACAAAUCACAUAUAUCUGUCCAUAAAACACCAAAACCAAAAAAUCAGAAACACCCUCCGACUGUAGCUGUGAGCCACUCUGCCACAUCUCUGGACUCAAAUCAGACCUAAACCCACCUGUUCACCUCAGUACAUAGCAAGGCUACCUCUACUUAUGCUGCAGUCUUUUCUGUGCCAUUAAGGGACACUUCACCGAUUAGCAUUAAGCUUUGUAUCUUUAGAGAAAAAUGUUUUUGAAUGGUCGUGCAUCAUUCCCUCAGUUUGCCUUGAGAUGGGAGAAAUACGGAUUUCAAUGAAACCCAUGAAUAGGACAUCCUGCUUUCAAUGAUGUAAAAUGAUGAUUUUUACAUCAUUGAAAGCAGGAUGUCCA